AUGCCAUUGCGACCAUUCCCAAUUCCCUUCAAAGUAGGCACCGACAUCUGCUAUGUUCCCAGGAUACGAAAGUUCAUCACACAACCCAGUAAUGGCGAACCACAACGACCUCUGCGGCGCCUUCUGAGAAAACUAUUGACGGAACAUGAGCGCCGGUACUUUUGGCAGCGCUUCGGAAGCGGAGCUCCUUUCAACAGUAUAGAAAGAGUGUCUCAGUUUCUUGCAGGCAGAUAUAAAUCUGGUCGACCUCAGGGCUUGAUACUCGAUGAAGUAUAUACGGCUGGCGCGGAACCUGAGGCGGACUUGGUUGAAUCUAGGGGGGUUGGUACGGUAGAUGAGGGCAUUGGAGAGGUGGCAGAAAAUUCGAAGCCGCUGGCUGAUAUUAAUGAGCUUAAUGGACAGCUUUGCGAGAUUAGUAUCAGUCAUGAUGGGGAUUAUGCGACUGCUGUUGCUAUUGUGGCGUUUGCAAAGGGUUGA